AUGGCAAGCCUAUCACCACAAAGCCAGAAAAAAUUGAAUCAAAUAGCAUAUCCAAACUUUUUUGAAGUAGCAUCUAUAACAGCCGAACCAUUACCAGUAUCACAAAGAAAAGGUUCCUCGAUAUCCGCUAGUAGUGAUACCAACAAAUACAACAGCAGAAAGGAAAGACGCAAACCAUCAGCAUCAUCCGAAGACAGCGAUAUUUUUAGUCUGACACCAGUUACCCCGCCAGGCGAAAAAAGCAACAGGGUCAUUCAUUUAAACAAUAGCCCAUGCCGCAACAGUAAAAUCGAUUUCGAAAUAAUUAAUGGCAGACGAUACCAAAGUUCUCCCGGAACACAUUUUUACCUACCGUGUGAUGAUGAUGAAGCAGAUCGGCUCGUCAUUAUGCAUUUUUUGCUUAAAUAUGCGUUUAAUGGCAACGUCGUUGCACCAGUGAUACAAAACCUUCGAGUCAAAUUAGAGGAAAAUAAGGAAUAUAGACCAAAGGUACUGGAUGUCGGCUGUGGUCCAGGAACUUGGGUGCUGGAAAUGGCAACCGAAUUUCCUAAUUCAGAAUUCCAUGGCAUUGAUCUUCGUACCAUGUUUCCUUCUACCAUAAAACCUCAAAAUACGCAAUUUCUUCAGCACGAUUUUUUAAAGAGUUUACCAUACCCCGAUGAGUCAUUCGAAUUUGUACGUAUGCGAUCCAUGCUUGGAUUCAUCACACAGACACAGCUCUUGAACUUACUUUCUGAAAUCCAACGUGUUUUAAAACCUCUGGGCUAUAUUGAGCUACUGGAUGUCGAAUAUCAAAUUCAUCGACCCGGCCCAAUAUGUGAGACAAUUUUAAAUCAACAAUGUAAGAGCUCUCUUUUCUAUGUAUCAUAA